UCACCCCCUCUCCCAUUCCAUUCAUGCCCGCGUUUGACAUCCCCGGCGCCGACACGAGCAACAGAACAAAUCUCUCUCUCUCUCUCUCUCUAUAUAUAUAUAUAUAUAUAUAUAUGAGGUACAAGAAUGGGAGUAGCAUGGCAAGGCACACGAAUAUACUCCCAUGGCAAAGCACACGAAUAUAUACAUAUACAUAUAUAUAUAUAUAUAUAUAGUUUUCAGGAUGAUGUGAAAAUAUCAUUGGCAGAUGAGGAGCAAGCUCACAUUCUUCUGGGUUCUUUUGCCUGCUAAAUAGUUGGGAAACCAUGGCGAUCGCCCUCACCAAUUCUUGUAAUGCAAAAGACUAAAAUAUUUCCAGCUUACAAGAGCAUGCCAAAAAGGAGAAGCGCGUGGCAUCCGCCGCUUUGUUCACUAAAACGGCGUCGUUCCAUCCCCCCAGCACCCCCCUCUCCCUCCCUCCCUCUGGCGAGAACAUCGAAUCAUUGAAAGCGGUAGAUGAAGAAGACGAGCUACCUUCCGACUGUAGCAAUUUCUACAAUCCAUUCGGUGGACGAGAGAUCGAUUUGUUUGUUCUUCGAAGGCGUUAUUCAACAAAGCAGAUUGCUUCGUUUCUACAAUUAUGAGGUGCAGAUCCAGAGAAGCUCACUGUCGAGCUUCAUUCCAAGUCGUCAAACCCAUCCCCUUGCUCUAUUCGAAGUCUCUGUAAUUCACUCACCAUCUUUGGACUGUUCCUGUCACUGAACCUCCCCUUUUCUUGGCGCUUUAACGGGGCCGUCCCGCAAUGAACCAAGGGAAAGAAUUUCGAUAUGAUUGUGGACGACAUAUUCUGGAAUGAGCUAUCUAGCAUGUGCUCUCGUGAAUUAGCUAACUGGAAGUGAAUUCGUGUUACAACUGAUUAUUGAAUUAGAGGACACAAAUUUUUUGGAAUGAAGAAGUGGUCCGGAGGCAUGUUGAUUUUAGCACUUGGUAGCAUUUUGAUUAUGCGAUAUAGCUUUAUGGGAAGGCAGCCGAAGAAGCAGUCAGCGUCGGAUUUCUUCAAUAGCCAUCCACCUGAUGGUUAUGGUGUUGUCAAGGGCAGUGAUGAAGUUGACUCAUCCCAUACACAAACCAAAAAGCUAAAACACAUUGUGGCCAAAAAGCCUAACCGUAUUGAUGUUGAAGGGCUAAAUGAUCUGUACACUUUGAGAAAUAUAUCUGAACAAGAGUAUCAGGUAUUGCUUGCUUGGGCUCAAAUGCGUGCUUUGCUCUCUAGAUCAGAUGCUCUGCCUGAGACUGUUCAAGGGAUUAAGGAGGGUUCAAUUGCAUGGAAAGAAUUAUUGUCUGCAAUUGAGGAAGAAAAAAUCUCCAAGUUUUCUUUGACUACCAAUAACAGCAACAUUCCACGAGCAAAAAAUUGUCCUUACUCCAUUAGUACAUUUAAUGCAACAACAUCCAGCAAUGGAAGUGCUCUUCAGAUUCCCUGUGGUCUUGUUGUGGAUUCUUCAAUCACGUUGAUUGGGAUAUCUGAUGGGCACCAUGGUAGCUUCCAAAUUGAACUUGUAGGAUCACAACUUCCUGAUGAAGCAAUGGCCCCUGUAAUUUUUCACUGCAACGUCUGCAUGCCAGGGGAUAACCUGACAGAAGAGCCGGUCAUAGUUCAAAAUACAUGGACUAAUGGAGUUGGAUGGGGCAAAGAAGAGAGAUGUCCUGAUUAUGUGUCCUCUAACAAUGGGAAAGUUGAUGGACUCAUGAAGUGCAAUGAACAAGUUAUCAGAAGCCCUGUUGAAGAGAAUGUCAAUGCAAGUCGACCUAAUGGUGGCAAGUUGUUGAUCAAUGGAACUGUUCAUGCUAGUGCUAAUUUCCCAUUUGUUAAAAGUAAUCCAUUUGCAGCUACAAUUUGGGUUGGGGUAGAGGGAUUUCAUGUGACUGUGAAUGGAAGGCAUGAAACAUCUUUUGCAUAUAGGGAGAAACUUGAACCUUGGUUGGUUAGCAGAGUCAACGUAGGUGGUCUGGAUCUCAUAUCCGCCUUAGCUAAAGGGUUGCCUGUUUCUGAAGAUUUGGAUUUGAUAGCUGAUGUUGAGCACCUCAAAGCUCCACCAGUUUCCAAGAAAAGACUUGUAAUGCUGAUUGGGGUUUUCUCCACUGGCAAUAAUUUUGAACGUCGUAUGGCUUUGAGGAGGUCUUGGAUGCAAUAUGAAGCUAUACGUUCUGGUGAUGUGGCUGUCCGCUUUUUCAUUGGCCUGCACACAAACAAGGAGGUCAAUUUUGAGUUAUGGAAGGAAGCUCAAGCAUAUGGAGAUAUUCAACUGAUGCCAUUUGUUGAUUACUACAGUCUGCUUACUUUAAAGACAAUUGCAGUUUCCAUUCUAGGGACCAAAGUUCUCCCAGCAAAAUAUAUAAUGAAAACAGAUGAUGACGCGUUUGUUAGAAUUGAUGAAGUUCUUUCUAGUCUAAAGGGAAAGGUUUCUAAUGGGCUUCUUUAUGGUCUUAUAUCCUUUGACUCAUCACCCCAUAGAGACAAGGACAACAAGUGGUACAUCAGUGCCAAGGAAUGGCCACAUGCGUCAUAUCCACCAUGGGCCCAUGGUCCAGGUUAUAUAAUCUCAAGUGACAUUGCCAAAUUCUUUGUUCAAGGCCACCAAGAAAGAUACCUCCAGCUUUUUAAACUCGAAGAUGUUGCUGUUGGCAUAUGGAUUGAGCAAUUCAAGAAACAGGGUCACAAAGUGCAGUAUAUCAGUGACGAGCGAUUUCACAAUGCUGGAUGUGAGUCAAACUACAUUCUUGCUCAUUAUCAAAACCCAAGGAAGGUGUUAUGCCUGUGGGAGAAGUUACAGAAAGAGCAGAAAUCUGAAUGCUGUGAAUGAAUCUUCUCCUUGUUGAAACCAAGUUGACAGCUCUAGGAAACAGAUUCUCCUGAAUUUUUGUAGAUUUGACCCCAAUUCAUUGAUGUCCUCUCUGUGUGGUAUGUGCUUCUCUGUGCAUCUUGCCUGGCAACAAGUUGUUGAUUUGUUUACUAUUAGUACAAAUGUAAUUUGAAGUAGUGUAAAUCUUUAUGAACUCAUUGUUGGUUUUAGUUGACAUAAAUAUCCUUUUCAUUAA